AUGGAUUACAUCCAACCUCAACAACUUUACUCUCGCAUAUUGGACAACGUGCCUUGGAAGUCCGCAGAUCCAUCGGUGAAAGGGGAUCCGCGGAAAAGUGUGAAGUGGAUUGAUGGCCUCCGAGGAAUCGCAUCUUUCUUAGUUGUCCUAACACACCUUGCCCGAGCUUGGGAUUACGACCUUUUCGCUCCUCGCGACGAUGUGGACACCCCUCCUCGAAUCCUGCAGUGGCCCGUCUUCCGUAUUCCUUGGCAAGGCCGUUUGGGCGUCACGAUUUUUGCUUUCUUAACUGGCUAUGUCUGCGCUCUCAAGCCACUGAAGCAGUCUCGUAAUGGAGACAUCCUCGGAUCUUUUACAUCGGUGGCCAAGAGUGCCUUCCGUCGACCCCCGCGUCUUAUAUUCCCCGCCACUAUCGCGUUGAUCAUCUCGUGGAUCAUGGCUCAAUUUGGCGCAUUUGUCGUGGCUAAUCGUUCAGAUUGUUGGUGGUGCCGAUACGCCGCCGUCGACUUGGCGCCUACGUUCUGGGACGAGUUCGUUCGCCUAUUCAAGACCUUCCUGGAGGUUUGGACCACGGGAUACAUGGCAUACGAUGAUCACCAGUGGGCUUUGCUCCCACUGCUCCAGGCGUCCAUGCUGAUCUACGUACUCAUCUGUGCUACUAUGUUCGUGAAAUUCCGCUUUCGUCUAGUUGUCUACCUGGGAAUGUACCUUUACUUCCACCAGGACGCAGCAAAGAAUACCGAAACCUUCCAGAUGCAAGCAAUUUACGGCAUGUUCCUCAGUGACCUCUCGUAUGAGAAGGGGUUCAAGGAAUUCGUUGAGCGCCACAGCUGGGGCCGCAAGAUCGUUGCACUUACCCUGCUCUCUAUCGGACUCUUCGUCUGUUCAUACCCCGGAGAACACCCCGAGUGGGCUACAUGGUCAAAUUACAUGUACCAAGCUGCCGCCUACAUUUUCCCGCCAGAGGUCAAUAUCGGCAAGCGCUAUUCCGCUCUCGGAGUCGACCUCAUUAUCUUCGCGAUCUAUAUCUCCCCUUCGACCAAAGAAUUCCUAUCCAGCAGCCUCCUUCUCUGGCUUGGAAAGCAAAGUUUUGCCGUUUACCUGGUGCAUGGCACCCUCCUCCGUACCGUGCUGUGCUGGAUGCUUUACGGAAUUACCGGGCAGCCUUGGGAUGGUGAUAUUGUCGACGACAACGGUAACCCCAUUUACGGCGAUGAUGGCGAGCCCCUCCACCCUCACUGGAUCCCUCUCCGCGCACCCUGGGUUGUCGCGAUCAGCAUUCCGGUCUGGAUUGCGCUGGUUUACUUCAUCGCAUCCAUGUGGACCAAAUAUGUUGACCCAUUCUGCGCAAGAAUGGCCCAAAAGUUGGAGAAGUUCGUAUUUGAAGAGGAUGAGCAAGCUGCACCGCAGCUGCCCAUGACCAGCAUCCCUAUGGCGACUGUAUAA